AUGAAGAGCAACUUAGUACCCUUUCGCAAGAGUCACGGACGAAUCAUGACUUCCAUGCCUUAUCAAGAAAGCGACACGGGGAUCAGUCCAGCAACCGACUUGACUUCAGGACCGGCAUUUGAAUCCCAAGUCAAGUCCCUUCUUGAUAGGAACCACCCAGCUAACAGUGCACUCUUACGGGCCCCUGGUAACAGUGGCUCUACGGAAGCUGUAACACAAUGGACGUCGGCGAGGCCGCUGGUCAGCGAUGAUGCCGUGCCGACUAUCCCAUCUCUAGAGGAGUCCCAAGAUCUACUCGAUCGAUUCCUCUUCUACCUUGGUGUUAGCCAGCAUUUUUUCGACCCUCGCACCUUUUCUGAUAGCAUGGUACUGCUCUUUCAGGAUGAACAAACGCAGGAACACCAGAUGCACACGAUCUGGUUCACCGAGUAUCUGCUCGUCAUGGCGAUGGCUAAGCUGAUGGAUGUAGAAGACCCUUCCUCCCAACCACCAGGUGCGAGUCUCUUUGCAGAAGCAAUGAGACGGUUGCCUCCAUUGCAUCAACUGGGCGAGGAAGGGGCUAUUACUGUUGAGAUCCUAACACUCAUCGCCACCUACCUCCAGUGGUGCGACCGGAAGCACGAUGCGUACCUAUAUGUAUGA